AUGGAUGCCGAGCGUCCCCAGCCACACAGCAACGCUGCAAUUACGGCCAUGAUCCCUCUUGUUGCACCGAGCGCGAACAUUUCUCAGCAAAGCGCGCCGUCAAUGAACGGUGCAGAUCAAAACAGAGGGGCUCCGAGUCUCUGUUAUGUCGCCUCGGCGACCUCGGCGAGCAAGGUAUCUGCUCCAUCCUCGUCACGGUCAUCUUCCCACCUGGACCAGCCGAAUUCUUCUAGCAGAGUGCCCAGCAGCGAGACUGUGGAGACGGCCCCAUCAUCUGCCGUCGUAGGAGACGGAGUAGGCCUCGCAGGCUCGCAACAGGCGAGCGUCGGUGGUAGCCAUGGACUGGCUCAAACUGCGCCUUCCAAUCCACAACCCAACACUCUCGCAGGAAUAGAUCCUGAUGUCAUACGCUAUGUCGAAUCGUUGGGCUUGCCUGCGGAGGUAUAUGCAGGCAAGCUGGAGCUGGUUGGGCUGAAGAAUGCGACCAUCUUGAACGCCACGAAGAAUUUCGUCCCCGAGAGCCGCAAGGAUAAACUUGAGGAGGAUCUCCAGAAGCUGGCGGGGUUGACCGUGGCCGAGUCUAUGAUUCUCAUCUCAGGAUUGCGGCGAUCGGCGAGUGGGUCCUGA